GAAUUCUUCGAUGAAGACAAAUGGAGUAUUAAAAAGUAGAAAUGCAAGAGCUAGCUGACAAUAUAAAAUUCCAAUCCAACACCACCAUCACUGCUUUCUAUUCUACACCUCUCUUUCUCUCUCCCGGCGCAAUUCAAUUGCCUCUCUCUGUCUAUAUAUAGAUGCGUCUUACAUGUAUUAAAUUACUCCUUCAAUUCCACUAUUGGUUGAGUUUCUAGUUAGUAACGGAAGCUGAAGCUUCACUAUUCCAUGCAGAUUAGAUUUUUAUUGCUACUCACUUCGUAAUAAUGGGGAAAACCAGAUAUUUCAAACUUUUCUGCUUCAUCUUGAUUGCCUUUGCCUCCACCACUUUGUGCAGCUCAGCACCCAAGCAGCAGCUCCACCAAAAUGAAGUGAGGGCUUUGAAAGAGAUAGCGAAAAGAUUGGGGAAAAAAGACUGGGACUUCAGCACAGAUCCCUGCAGUGGAGAAGGGAAUUGGAGUAUGCCUGUCACAGUGAAAGGCUUUGAGAGCUCUGUCACUUGUGAUUGCUCUUUUCAUCAGAUGUCUACUUGCCAUAUUGUUAGCAUAGCUUUGAAAGCACAGAAUUUAACAGGAGGUGUGCCAUCAGAGUUUUUCAAGUUUCACCAUCUUAAACGCUUGGAUCUUAGUAGGAAUUACUUCAAUGGCUCCAUACCUUCUCAGUGGGCAACAUUGACCUUGGCUGAUCUCUCCUUUAUGGGAAAUAGAUUGUCUGGUCCAUUUCCAAAGGUUAUUACCAAGAUGACCUCCCUCGUCAACCUGAGUCUUGAAGGGAACCAGCUUUCUGGACCCGUUCCUUCAGAUAUUGGACAAUUGGUCAAUUUACAAAAGCUUGUGUUAUCUUCAAAUGCAUUCACAGGAGCUUUACCAACGGCAUUGGCCAAACUGACCUCACUACUUGACAUGAGGAUUAGUGACAAUAACUUCACAGGAAAGAUCCCCGAGUAUAUCAACAGCUGGAAAGAUGUUCAAAAGCUGCACAUGCAAGGUUGCUCUCUCGAGGGCCCGAUUCCUUCUUCCAUAUCUUCCCUAACGAGCUUAAGUGACUUGAGGAUUAGUGAUUUAACAGGUGGGGAAUCAACUUUUCCCCAACUAAGCAAAAUGAAAUCCAUGAAAGUGCUGAUACUCAGAAGUUGCUUGUUACAUGGAGAGAUCCCUCCAUAUAUUGGAACCAUGGAAAAAUUGAAAAAUCUGGACCUCAGUUUCAAUGAUUUGACUGGAGAAAUUCCUGAAUCAUUUGAUCAGCUUACAAAAAUUGAUUUUAUGUUCCUGACGAGAAAUAGACUCACAGGACGAAUUCCAGAUUGGAUUUUACAGAGAAACAAGAAUGCUGAUCUCUCGUAUAAUAAUUUCACAUCUGGACCAAUCGAAUGCCCGAGAGGGAGUGUAAACCUGGUGGAGAGCCUGUCAACACACUCUGAUAAAUUUGUGCAUCCAUGUAUGAAGCAAGAGUUUCCUUGUUCUGAUACAAAAAAUCAAGAGAAUUACUCGUUGCGCAUCAAUUGUGGUGGCAAGGAUGUAGAUAUUGCAAAUGGCACCACAUACAAAGCUGAUUCGGAAGCUAGAGGUGCUUCAAUGUUCUACAUGGGGCAGGCGCAGAACUGGGCGUUUAGCAGCACGGGGAACUUCAUGGAUGAUGAUCUCGACUCUGAUAACUAUGUUGUCACGAAUGUUUCCACGCUUUACAACACCGCCCCGCCAGUAUCAGAGCUUUACACAACUGCACGCGUAUCUCCCCUCUCCCUGACCUACUAUGGCCUUUGCCUCCUGAACGGGAACUACACAGUGACACUCCAUUUCGCGGAGAUUGCUUUUACAAACGACACUUCAUUCAACAGCCUUGGGAGGAGGAUAUUUGAUGUGUACUUGCAGGGGAAGCUGGUUUUGAAGGAUUUUAACAUUGCAGAGGCGGCUGGUGGACCAGGAAAGCCCAUUAUAAAAAAUUUCACCGUCUCUGUGACGAGCCACACUCUCAAAAUCCAUCUUUACUGGGCAGGAAGAGGGACUACAGGCAUCCCCUUUCGAGGAACUUAUGGCCCUCUGAUAUCAGCCAUAUCAGUCGAUCCUAACUUCAGACCCCCGGUUCAUCACAAAAGGAUCAGUUCAACUUUGUUGGCUGGAACAAUUGCUGGAAGUGUUUGCCUUCUAGCUUUGGUUCUAGGCUUCUUGCACAAGAAAGGCUAUUUAGGAGGCAAAUCCACUACAGAUAAAGAGCUUAGAGGCCUCGAUCUACAAACUGGUAUCUUCACACUACGACAGAUCAAAUCCGCGACAAAUAACUUUGAUCCAGCCAACAAGAUUGGCGAGGGCGGUUUUGGUUCCGUUUUCAAGGGGCUGCUGUCAGAUGGAACCAUAAUUGCUGUAAAGCAGCUAUCCUCAAAGUCCAAACAGGGAACGCGGGAAUUCGUUAACGAGAUAGGAAUGAUAUCUGCGUUGCAGCAUCCGAAUCUCGUGAAGCUUUACGGUUGCUGUGUCGAAGGGAAUCACCUGAUGCUGGUGUAUGAGUACAUGGAAAACAACUGCGUCUCUCGUGCUCUUUUUGGGAAGGGCGCGGCUCAGAAGCACCUGCUGGAUUGGCCCACAAGGAGGAAAAUCUGCCUCGGCAUAGCUAGAGGUUUGGCUUAUCUGCACGAGGACUCAAUGGUGAAGAUAGUCCACCGCGACAUCAAAACAAGCAACGUAUUGCUGGACAAGGAUCUGAACGCAAAGAUAUCUGAUUUUGGGCUGGCAAAGCUGAACGAGGAUGAUAAGACUCACAUUAGUACGAGGAUUGCUGGGACUAUUGGUUACAUGGCACCAGAAUACGCGAUGCGUGGCUACCUCACGAACAAGGCAGACGUCUACAGUUUCGGCGUGGUGGCGCUGGAAAUAGUCAGUGGUAAAAGCAACACCAACUACAGGCCCAAGGAAGACUUCGUAUACCUUCUUGACUGGGCUUAUGUUCUCCAAGAGAGGGGCAGUCUACUAGAGCUAGUCGACCCGGAUUUGGGAUCAGCAUACUCGUCGGAAGAGGCAAUGGUGGUGCUGAAUGUGGCUCUUCUGUGCACGAACGCUGCCCCAACCCUGAGGCCGACCAUGUCGCAAGUGGUGAGCAUGCUGGAGGGUCGGACAGCUGUGCAGGAUUUGCUGUCCGACCCGGGAUUCUCGACGGCAGACUCCAAGUACAAGGCCAUAAGAAACCACUUCUGGCAGCAUCCUAGUGUGAGCCUUAGCAUGUCCACAGAUGCUUCUGAUUCUUCCCUUUCAAAUCAAGAUAGAGUUGUGGAUCCCGGAAGCUGAUUAUGAUGCAGCAGGCAGCAGCUACACCUAGUAAUUAGUACUAGUAUUAUAAUUUUCCCAACCAACUGUGUAUAUAGAAUUAGAAUGUCUUGUGUUUUGUCUGCUUUCUUGGGUUUAUGUAUUCGACAGUGUAUUGACUCCAUAGUAGUAGUACUAACUAUUUUAUACUGGUGCAAUAGUUGAAACAUCUAGUAACACAAAUAGGACUAGUCACAAUAUUUGCUGCUUGUGCACAUUUUUGUAAAUUACAAUUUGUAGCUUUUGUACAUUACCAUUUUGAUUAUC